AGAUUAUUACCCAAAAGGCCAAAACUCAUUCAAACCCAAACCCAUUCACAAACUUUCACCUGUUAAUGAGUUCUUCCCUUCCAAAGUUGGCACAAACAUACUCAAAUUCUCUCUCUUUCUUCGCCGCCGGGGUCACCACCAUCUCCGGCAUCAUCAACACACUUCAAAUGUGACAGAAUUCAAAAUACCCAUUAAAAUCUUGGGGCAAAACAGCAGAAACGAUAACCCAAAUCCCAUGAUAUUUCCGUUGUUUCUCUCUCAUCACAAGGUCCUAGCCUCAAAGCUUGCCUCUUUUGCCCAUUUUAACUCUCUCUCUCUUGUUCCUCGAUCUUCUCCUAUUCAUCAUUGUCGUGAGGUAAUUCAAAUCUCUCCUUCUGAACCUUGGUUUGCUAAAAUCAUUUGUACUCUCUUUUGUUUUCAGUCCCAUCUUCUGGGUUUGCACUCAGAUUAUCUUGCUAAAGGUUUAACCCCAUUCAUUGCUUUUCAAGUUGUUAGAAGAUUGGAUGAUAAUCAUAAAAACCCUUGUUUGGCUUUGAGUUUUUUCCAGUUUUGUAGGGUUAAUUUUAAAUUGAUUCAUACUUUUGGGGCUUUUAAUUACAUUUUAAGGUCACUUUGUCAAAUGGGUCUUCAUGAUUCUGCUAGUUUGGUUCUUGAUUGGAUGAUGCUUGAUGGGCAUUCCUUAGAUUCUUCGGGUUCAAGUUUUUUGGUCGGUUUGUUUUCGGAUUCAGGAAGAUUUGACAUUGCCCGCAAAUUGCUGGUGCAAACUAAAUGUGGAGAGAUGGAAGGGAAUCCUUUUGUAUAUAAUAAGUUUUUGAGUUGCUUGGUUAGACAAAAUAGAGUGGAUGAGGCUGUUCUUUUCUUUAACGAGCAGAUGAUACCAAAAUCCUGCUUAGAUGCAUGUACCCUUAAUAUACUCAUUAGAGGCCUGUGCAAGGUGGGGCAAGUUGAUAAGGCUUACAAAUUUUUUGAGGAGAUGGUAAAUUUUUGUUUGUCCCCGGAUGUUAUUACCUAUAAUACCAUGAUAGAUGGGUUGUGUAGGUUUAACCAGGUAGAUAAAGCGCGAGAAUUGCUUUCGGAAGUUAGGUCAAGAGAUGGUGUUUCUCCUGAUGUUGUAACUUAUACAUCCAUCAUAUCCGGUUAUUGCAAGCUGAGAAUGAUGGAUGAGGCAUCUUUUCUUUUCCAAGAAAUGACUAGUAAUGGAGUUAGACCUACACUUAUAACUUUUAACAUUAUCAUUGAUGGCUUUGGCAAGGUUGGCGACAUGGCCUCUGUGUCAGCUAUGUAUGAGAAAAUGCUUUCUCUCGGUUGUCAGCCAGAUGUUGUUACCUUCACAUCUCACAUUGAUGGCUAUUGUCGGAAACGGCAAGUGGAUGAGGCUUUGAAGCUUUGGUGGGAAAUGGUUAAAUGGAAGUUGCUCCCAAAUAAAUAUACAUUCUCUAUUCUUAUUAUAGCUUUAUGCAAGGAGAAUAGACUCAACGAGGCUUGUGAUCUCUUGAGGCAGUUGAAGUUGAGGAAUGAUAUUUCCCCCGUACCUUUUAUGUACAAUCCUGUCAUCGAUGGACUCUGCAAAUCUGGAAAGGUUGAUGAGGCCAAUUUAGUUGUGUCUGAAAUGGAGGAGAGGAAUUGCAAGCAUGAUAAGUAUACAUUUACCAUUCUUAUCAUCGGCCACUGUAUGAAGGGAAGAAUGCUGGAAGCAAUUGAGAUAUUUAAUAGGAUGCUAUCAGUUAAGUGUACCCCAGAUGACAUUACUGUAAAAUCUUUGCUGUCAUGCUUGGUAAAAGCUGGAAUGCCAUAUGAGGCCUCACAGAUAAAGAAACACAUUGCAUUAGGGAAGGUGGAACUAAGCUUGCCAUCUUGCGGAAGAAAUUUGCCAGCCAGGAAAAAUAUGGAUAUUCAAGUGGCGGCAUAACUGGAAAGGAUCAUUUGAGUGCAUUGAUUUAUAGCUGUUGGAUGCAUAUCAGUACUAUUGUCUGAUGCACAAGACUAAGCACUCGUGUGCGUGCUGAUUUGGCUAUUACAAUCGAACUUGUUGCAAACAAAGAGUUGGGCCUUUGGAGUUUGUUGAGUGCCUACUUUCUAGUUUCUAGUGCUUCCUCGCUCGGACCUCCACUAACUUUGUAGUGCCUUUGGUGAGUGCCUCGUGCUUGCAUUAUUGGACAUCCACUGCUUCCAAUUCCCCAAGGCAUACAUUAUGUUUCUGAGGAGAAAUCUUGACAAAGUUUUGGCAUGUCUUUUGUCGUAACCGGCUUCCUGUGGUCUUGAAUGAGGAGCCUGUAGCAGUUUAUGUAGUGAAGGCUGCUCCUUGUGCAGAACAGCUAAUGCCCAUACUAAUGGAACAAUGGAGAUCGUGUGAGAGACACAUGCAACUCUCGGUUGGUGGAGCUUAUUCGCCGGUCUUUGCCAACAAUGCCAAUGAAGUUGCAUGACUGCAAUAAGAGGCAGGGUAACUCACUAACUUGCACUAGACAGCAGCUAUUUCAACAUUUGCUAGAAACGACGGGUUUACUUAGAUGACACAGGAAGUUAUUCUGAUGAGGGUGCAUUGUUCUCACAAUUCUUCCAUUUUUGGUUAAGAAGUGGCUAGAAAUCCAGAUUGCUUAUGUUACUGUCUUGAUUCAUCGUUUGCUCUCUGCGUCUUAUGCAGUAAACACAAGUAUAGUUUGGCCAUUGCCAAUGAGGUUGUACAUAUGAAUUUUGUGUUCUCAGAUUUAUUUCUUCUUA